ACGCGUGUGUGCGGACGCAGUUGCGUGAGGGGUUUUUUACCUUUUGCCGUGCCGUGGAGCAGAGCUUGUUCCUCUCCCGCUCAGCCGCGCAGGUUGAAUUGACCAAAGCAAUGGUUAUGGAGAAGCCUAGUCCCCUGCUGGUCGGGCGGGAAUUUGUGAGACAGUAUUACACACUGUUGAACCAGGCCCCAGACAUGCUACACAGGUUUUAUGGAAAGAACUCUUCUUAUGUCCAUGGGGGAUUGGAUUCAAAUGGAAAGCCAGCAGAUGCCGUCUAUGGACAGAAAGAAAUCCAUAGGAAAGUGAUGUCACAAAACUUCACCAAUUGCCACACUAAGAUCCGCCACGUUGAUGCUCAUGCUACUCUGAAUGACGGUGUGGUGGUCCAGGUGAUGGGCUUGCUCUCUAAUAACAACCAGGCUUUAAGGAGAUUCAUGCAGACCUUUGUCCUUGCUCCUGAGGGCUCUGUUGCAAAUAAGUUCUAUGUUCACAACGAUAUCUUCAGAUACCAAGAUGAAGUCUUUGGUGGCUUCAUCACUGAACCUCAGGAGGAAUCUGAAGAAGAAGUAGAGGAGCCUGAAGAAAGACAGCAGACACCUGAGGUGGUACCUGAUGAUUCUGGAACUUUUUAUGAUCAAACUGUCAGCAAUGACUUAGAAGAACAUUUAGAAGAACCUGUUGCUGAACCAGAGCCUGAACCGGAACCAGAACCAGAGCAGGAACCUGUAUCUGAAGUCCAGGAGGAAAAGUCUGAGCCAGUAUUGGAAGAAACUGCUCCUGAGGAUGUUCAGAAGAGUUCUUCUCCAGCACCAGCAGACAUAGCCCAGACAGUGCAGGAGGACUUGAGAACCUUUUCUUGGGCAUCUGUGACCAGUAAGAACCUUCCACCCAGUGGAGCUGUUCCAGUUACUGGGAUACCCCCACAUGUUGUUAAAGUACCACCUUCACAGCCUCGCCCGGAGUCUAAGCCUGAAUCUCAGAUUCCACUUCAGAGGCCUCAGAGGGAUCAGAGGGUGCGAGAACAGCGAAUAAAUGUUCCUCCCCAGAGGGGACCCAGACCAGUCCGUGAGGCUGGUGAGCAAGGCGAUGUGGAACCCCGAAGAAUUGUGAGACAUCCUGACAGUCACCAGCUCUUCAUUGGCAACCUGCCUCAUGAGGUGGACAAAUCAGAGCUUAAAGACUUUUUUCAAAAUUAUGGGAAUGUGGUAGAACUGCGUAUUAACAGUGGUGGGAAAUUACCCAAUUUUGGGUUUGUUGUGUUUGAUGAUUCUGAGCCUGUUCAGAAGGUGCUUAGCAACAGGCCCAUCAUGUUCAGAGGAGAGGUCCGUCUGAAUGUGGAAGAAAAGAAGACUCGAGCCGCCCGUGAAGGGGACCGCCGGGAUAACCGCCUUCGGGGACCUGGAGGCCCUCGAGGUGGGCUGGGCGGUGGCAUGAGAGGCCCACCUCGUGGAGGCAUGGUGCAGAAACCAGGAUUUGGAGUGGGCAGGAGCAUUGCUCCAAGGCAGUGAAAUGCUCUUCACCAGUCUUCAGGCAGCAGUACAAACUAGCUCCCACAGAAUGAUGAAUUUCUUCAGCCAACCUUGGUAUCUUGGAAUAUGAUCCUAGUCUAUCACAAACUGCUUAAGUUUGUACAAUUUUACUUUUUGUGUUAAUGGUGUGUGCUCCUUCUCUUCCCUGCUCCCCACCUUUUAGUCCGUCACUUCCAAUUUUGUGGAAUGAUAUUUUAGGAAAAAUGGAUUUUUAAAGAAGAAAAAAAAGACUGAAUUUCUUUGCUUUAUUUGCAUAUACAGACUGGAUUUUUUUUUUUAACAGUUUCCCCAAAGGAAUGUGUCUUGCUUCUUACUGACAUUUGGUAUGUUUCAUUCAUUGGACUAUUUCUUACUUACUUUCUAUGUGUUUCAAAAGCCUGUGAGAAUUACAGGAUUUGAUAAACAUUUUGAAGACCGGAGAAACCCAAAUUGUAUUCCUCUUUGAGAGUCAUGACUAUCUUCUGGUGUGGAGAAAUUGCCAUUGGAAAAAUUGACAAUUUUGAUUCUCAUUGAUGUGGUUAAAAACUGAAUAAAAGGUGUUCGAGUUUUCUUUUAAAACAUGAUCACAAAACAAUUCUAAAAUCUACUGUUUUUGACAUUGGAAUUUAAAUUGUGAGAUAGAUUUAAAUGUCUAGAAUGCAACUGAUAAGCUUUUCCUGAACUGUUAGUUUUUUUUUGAAGUAGAGUUUUUUUCAUGUUUAAUUUGUAUUUGUAAAAAAAGAAAAAAGAACAAAAAAAAUUUCCAAAUCUACGUAACACAAAACCAGAGCAAAACUGUUGUGCCUUCUAUUUAUCUUUGAUUCCAGUCUUGGCAAUUGUUUAAAGAAAAUAAUAAAAAAAAAAAGACCCCUAGAUUUGUUCUAUCAGGUUCAGAGUAUGUUGGGAAUUAUAACUCCCUUUUUUACCCUGUA